AUGAUCAGAGCAGAUGAUAGCGCGAGAACGAUCGAAAGUGCUCAAGCGUUAACGAUGGGCAUGUUCCCCAGCGCUGACGGUGAUAAUUCUACGUUUGAAAUUGUCGUACCGGACCGGGCUGUAGAUGCUAUGGAACCGAAUGCGGACGUAGGUUGCUUCUGA